UCGAUAGUCCCUGAAACUGUUUCGAUGACCGCGUCGCGUCGAUAUAUCCCGCUUGUGAAAUUCCGGAUCUUGCAAAUAAAAAAUAAUACGAAAAGAUGACCACUUGGAACCCGGAUAACGAUGUGGACUUGCUGACUGACUCUGAGGACGAGGAGGCUGUGGCCAUGAAGCGAGACUACCAUGGCCGGGAGGCCCUUCUUUUCGUGGUUGACGCAAACCUGCUGGCGGGCGGCGUGGAGCGCCUGAUGGACGCUCUGAACAUUAUCCGAACGGCCUUCAUCUCUGGGAUGAUGGUGAACGACAAGGAUUUGAUUGGUCUGUUAUUCGCCAACACAAAGAAUAGUCCGAUGCCCCUGGAAGCCUCCGCCCUGGACAACAUUGUGGUGCCCGAUAACUGCGCAGUAUUUCUCCCACUUCGGCAGCUAAAUAAACCCAUUGUUGAGCACUAUCUGGAGUUCAUGGGUGGAGCCGAGACGCUGUUUGCCAAGGAGUAUGGCCUGGCUGAGCCGGAUGGCUGCGGAAGGUUCGAUUUGAUGAUCCGUCUGUGCAUUGAGCUGCUGGAGAAGUGCGGCAAGAAGCUGAACAACGCCAAGAUCGUCUACAUGACUGAUGUGAAUACGCCUCACCCGCCUUCCAGCAAUGCAUUCCAGGCAGCCUUGCAGAAGGCAAGUGAUCUGGAGGGCAAGGAGAUUGAAUUUCACGUCAUUCCCAUGGUGGAUGACUUUGACUAUGAGCCGUUCUACAAGGAGUUCAUCACUCUGUCAAGAGCCAUCGAACUGGACGCCUUCCAAGUGCCGGAUGCCCAGAUGCUUCGUGAGAUCCUUGCGGAUCGGAAGCUGAAGCAGGACUAUUUGCGUCGUUGCUUGGGCCACUUCACCUUUAAUCUGGGGCCCAAUCUUUCCAUGUCUGUGCAGUAUUACAAUUACUUCCAGCGACGCGCCUUCCCGCACAAGGUGCAGAUUCUGCGUCGGGACAACAGUGUGGUGCAGAGCAAACGGCUGAUUAUGGUUCGCGAGGUCGACCAGGAGUCUGAGGAGAUAAAACACGAGUACCAAAUCAAGACGACGGGCGGCUGGUACUCAUGCAACGUGGGUGAUAAGAAUCUACGCAUGAGUAUGGAGGAAGUAAACGAAAUGCGCAACCUGCACAAGCCGCAGAUGAUGUUGCUGGGCUUUAAGCAUCGCUCCUCUCUGCCGGAAGUGACCUACAGCAAACCCUCAAAUUUCAUGUAUCCCGAUGACCAGAGCAUUAUUGGCUCGAAGCGUCUCUUUCGCGCGUUGUGGGAGCGAUGUCUGGCACGCGAGAAGAUUGCCAUCUGCCUGUUUAUGUGCAAGCGCAAGUCGAUCCCUCGCUAUGUGGCCCUGGUGCCGGUGGAAGCCCCGGAAAAGGGAGAGGAGAAGAACUACCGCUCGCUGCUGUGCGGGGAUGGAUUCAAGAUCGUCUACUUACCGGAGGCCAAGCACAUUCGGCACCUCGACAUGUGUGACUGGAACAAACCCGAGAACGCAGCUAGCGACGAAGGUGUCGAGUUCUUCCAGAAGGUCAUCAAAAAGCUGCGAGUAGACUAUCAGCCCAAUCUGAUCAACGAUCCUACACUGGACGCCCUGCAGGCUAAUCUGCUAGCCCUGUCACUGGAUUUCACCACUGACAGCAAGGGAAUCGACAAUCUUCUGGACACCACGCAGCAGGACAAGCGCAUCGAAAAGUUUCUACCAGACUACGAGGAGAUCUUUGCCGCCGACAUAGAGCCGGCCAAGAAGCGGACGGCAAAGUCAGCCACCGAAGGUGCCAGUGCUCCAAAGAUGGCCAAGAUCGACUUGGAUCAGAUUAAGAGCUACGACUUUGUGAUGGGCCUAAUUAAGGAACAGCGCUUGUCUAGUUGCACUGCUGCCCAACUUCAAUUCAUCUUGAAGGAGCACUUUGAUGUUGUGUUGAACAAGUCGGCCAUCAAGGCGAAGCUACUAGAGAAGAUCCAGGAAUUGACUACCUAAAAGGGGUAUACCAGCUAGUAUUGGGAACUGAGUUGCCGAUUCCAAAGCAUGCAGUGAUAAGAUGAAAAACGUGAUGAGUUAUGAUUUAAG